AUGAGCGAUAUAGUUCGUGUAUCGAAAAAUUUCAAAAAUAAUCUGCUGGUUCAAGAUGAAGCGGGGAAUACUCCAAGACGAGAGGGAAGAAAGCUAGCUGGUGGAAGUGCUCGCUUAUUGCUCAAUGUUGGAGGAGUCAGACACGAAACGCACGUGUCAACUUUACGUAAUGCUCCACACACACGUUUGGCUAGAUUAGCUGAAGCUCAUUUAGAAUCAGGAUGUAAGACUGAGGAAUAUUUCUUUGAUCGUCAUCCAGCAGUGUUCAAUUCCAUCAUAGAUUACUAUCGAACAGGGGAACUUCAUGUGCCAUUAGAAGUUUGUGGUGCUGUAGUGAAAAGAGAGUUAGAUUUCUGGCAGAUUAACCAAUUUCAGAUAAAAGCGUGUUGUUGGCGACAUUACAGAUCUUAUAUAGACAAUCAGCGAAUAUUGGAGUCCUUCAAUAACAGUUUAUUAAAGGAGAAUGUUAUCGUUAAUCUCACUGGAUUAGACGGCUGGCAGAAAUGGCGGACGAAGAUCUGGUUAAUUUUAGAACAUCCUCGAACAUCAACAGCUGCCAUGGUAUAUGGUAUAACUUCCUUCCUAUUUGUCAUGUUAUCUAUAGCUGGGUUUUGUUUAGAAACUUUACCAACAGAUGAUAAUAUCACAUCGUCCUCUUCUUGUGAAGGGAAUAAUGAAGCUAUGGGCACUAACACAAUGAGCGCUGAUAAUGCUUUGGAUAUCCUUGAUAUUAUUUGUUCAAUAUUUUUUACUUUAGAACUUAUAUUUCGUUUCAUAUUUUCGCCAAAUCGUCUUAAAUUUGUUCGUUCAAUGAUGAACAUCAUAGACUUGCUGGCUUUAGUGCCGCUGUAUGUAGAGGUUUUCUUUACUCAAGCUAAGUUAGGGGGAUGUUACUUGAAUGAAAGAUUUGUGAUUGAGAUUAUGUUUAUUUUGCGAAUCAUUAGAAUGUUUCGUAUCUUCCACCUAGUGAAACAUUACCAAGCAUUAAAAGUAUUAGUUUAUGCUAUCAAGGCCAGUAUUCAGGAAUUAUUGAUGUUGUUUAUAUUCUUAAUGAUUGGUAUGCUUGUUUUUGCCACAAUGAUUUACUAUGCAGAGCGUACAGAUGCCGUUACUCCCGGUGAAAAGUUUAAUACUAUACCUAUGGGAUUUUGGUGGGCAAUUAUUACAAUGACUACGGUAGGAUAUGGUGAUGUGUAUCCUACUAAACCUGUCGGAUACAUCGUAGGAACUGCUUGUGCCGUUAGCGGUGUCCUCCUAGUUGCUUUGACUAUUCCAGUCAUUUCAAACAAUUUUUCAUUAUUUUAUACUCACGUUCGAUCUAGAUCAGGCGUACCUAUUGGCUCAAACGCGGCUUCAAAUGGCGUUGAUACCGGGAGACUAUUAUUAGAAGAGAGACGAGCUUCUAAUGCGUCUACAAUUCCAGAAACCUUAAUGAAUGGCAAAACAUGUGAUAAUGGGACAAAACACCACGUGUAUGUUCCUAUAGCAAGAUUCUCAGAAUCCAAUUCCAUGACUGACAUAGUGUUACAAAGGACCAACUCUGAUUAUCAGUUUAAACGUGGUCGCUCUGGAAAAGCUUACUCUGAUGAUGGUGUUCGUUAUCAGGGCGAUGUCAUAUGA